GGGCGGGUCAUGUUUUAGUCUUGACAAGAUGGCGUAUGCGGUUGUUUUGCCGCAGGGACACUGAACAAUUUAUUCAGUUUAUCGUGCAAAUUCGUUGACGUUGCGGUAGCAUUACAGUUAAAAAAGUGUUUUGUUAGGCGCGUGAAGCCAGAGGACAUCUAACAUGAAAGGUAAAGAGCGGUCGCCGGUGAAAAAACGUUCAAGGGCCUUGGAUGAUAUACGAGACAGGGGAGGAAGCCAUCCGACCAGUAAGAAAAUGGGGGUUAUCUCGAAUUCUGGCGGAGGAAGCAACAACGGCAAUAGUUCGUCUAAAAGCGACGGGGGCUCUGCACGACGGGGACUGCUUGGAGAUAAAAGAGACGGACGGGAAUUUGACGGACAUGUAUCCAGUCGGACUGGUAAUAACCACGGUUACACGAGCCCUGUUGCGAGCUCAAGCGGCAAAAAUCACGCCUCGAGUCUGUCCUUAGAGGCGGCGCGCACCAACUCGCGCGGGGAGGCGCGCGCACCGCUUCCCACAAACGAAAGUGAGUACAAAACUUUAAAAAUCAGCGAGCUUGGCUCGCAGCUGAGUGACGAGGAAAUCGAGGACGGCCUCUUUCAUGAAUUCAAAAAAUUUGGUGACGUGAGCGUCAAAAUCAGCCGAGUGAACGACGAGAGAAUCGCAUUCGUCAACUUUAGGAGACCGGAUGAUGCCAGGGCGGCAAAGCACGCACGAGGCCGGCUGGUGCUCUACGACCGUCCUUUAAAAAUCGAGGCAGUUUACUUGAACAGGCGGAGGAGUCGCUCUCCGGUGAAGGAGGAUCAUUUCUCUGUUGUUGCAGGCCAUAGACAUUUGCAUACUCAGAGGCCGCUCUCUCCAACCGGCCUGGGCUACAGGGACUACCGGUUACAGCAGUUAGCACUGGGUCGGCUUCCUCCUCCCCCACCCCCGCCUCUGCCCAGAGAGCUGGAAAGAGAAAGAGAGUUUGCCUUUUAUGAAGCGAGGGCGCGGCCCGCAUACAUAGCAGAGCGAGCCGCUCCUUUCCGUGAGGAGGACUUUAUCUCUCCAGAGGACGACCAGAGAGCCAACCGCACACUGUUUUUGGGUAACUUGGAUAUUACUGUGACUGAAAACGAUUUGAGGAGGGCUUUUGAACGAUUUGGGACAAUCACUGAGGUGGACAUUAAAAGACCCACUCGUGGCCAGAGCAGCACCUAUGGCUUCCUUAAAUUUGAGAAUUUGGACAUGGCUCACAGAGCUAAAAUUAGCAUGUCUGGGAAAGUUGUGGGCCGAAACCCCAUAAAAAUUGGAUAUGGUAAAGCCACCCCAACCACAAGACUAUGGGUGGGUGGUCUUGGCCCUUGGGUGCCUCUGACUGCAUUAGCCCGGGAAUUUGACCGCUUUGGAACUAUUAGGACUAUAGACUACAGAAAAGGGGACACCUGGGCUUAUAUUCAGUAUGAAAGCCUGGACGCUGCUCAGGCAGCCUGCACACACAUGCGUGGAUUUCCUCUUGGUGGUCCUGACAGGAGGCUGAGGGUGGACUUUGCUGACACAGAGCAUCGCUACCAACAACAGUUCUUGCAGCCCCUCCCCCUGCAACAUUAUGAAAUCAUGGCUGAGUCUUUCGUUCAUCGUGCCACCCCUGAAGCCAUCAGGGUCAGAGAACGGACUCCUCCGCCACUGCACUUCAGAGAAAGAGAACUCUAUGCUGGGGCUGAGUGGCCAGCACCUACUAUUCGUGAACGUGUACGAACUCCUGCAUUUGAGCCCCUUGAACACUUAGAGCGUGAACGACGGCGAGAGGCCUGGUCACUGGAGCGAGAGCUGCCAGGCAGAGAAGCUGCACGAAAACGGCGGCUCAUGGAGGACGGCAGACAUCUGGAGUGUUCGCCUGACAGCAGCAGUGAGUGGGCGGCCCGCCGUCGCAGACCCCCGUCGCUUGAGGGCAGCCCAGGCGGCAGCAGCCGAGACGGACGUUUCAGUGACUCUGAGCGUCCAGCGAGAGCAGACCGGGUGUCCCCAGCACGAGAGAGCCGCAGCAGCCUGGACCGAGUUCCCGGUGAGAAACGCAUCAAAAGCAACAGCAACCUCUCUGAGUCCAGCAUCGGCGCAAGCCCUGCAGAACGAAAGCGCAAAGCGGGCGAUUCAGCUAAAGGUGCAUCCAAGAGGGACAGAUCCGAAAGCAGCUCCAAAAGCAACCAAGCUUCAAAACAGGACGCAGGGGGGAAGCUGAGCAUGGCCUGGAAUGGCAUGCUGCUCCUCAAGAACAGUAACUUCCCAGCCAGCAUGCACCUCCUGGAGGGGGACCUGAGCGUCGCCACCAGCCUUCUCAUCGACGGCAGCACGGGUGGAAAAGUCUCUCAGCUGCGCAUCACACAACGGCUUCGUCUAGACCAGCCCAAGAUCGACGAGGUGUCUCGGCGCAUCAAAGUGGCAGGCCCAGGAGGCUACGCAGUUCUACUGGCAGUUCCAGGCAGCUCUGAGGAGACUUCAUCAUCAGACCCAGCAGCAUCCACGCAGAGGCCUCUCCGCAACCUGGUUUCAUACCUGAAGCAAAAGCAGGCCGCCGGGGUCAUCAGUUUGCCCGUCGGCGGCAGUAGAGAUAAGGACAACACUGGCGUCCUGCACGCAUUUCCACCAUGUGAUUUCUCUCAGCAGUUCUUAGAUUCUUCUGCGAAAGCUCUUGCCAAAACAGAAGAGGACUUCCUGGUCAUGAUCGUUGUGCGAGGAGCAUCUUAACAGUCAUAAUACACACUAAAGUAUUGUUAAAUGCAAGCUUCUCUUAAUGUCUCUUAAUUGCAUGCUCUCUAAAGCAGAAGUGGUACUAGAGUAAAGGGCAGCUGUUGUUACCUGCUCUGCCAAACAUGUACAGUAAAAAAGAGAGAAAAUGGCCCAUUCAUAUAGCAAAGUUUAGCUCUAUAGCAAUAUAUUUGUUUUCUGUUGCAAUUUAUUCAGAUGUCUAGUUUGUGAUAAGUUGUUCUCUGCAUAAAAGAAUGACAAUUAUUGGGCAUAUUAGAAUAGGAAUUUACUUUGGUCAUUAAACACUGUCUAUUUACAACACUUCCUAUCAACAUGUAUUUCAGUCAGAUUCCAGACAGUCUCACCCCUGUGUCAAAUCCUGUUUUUUAAUGUUCAUUCAUGUUCAUCAAAUUGAGUUAAGGGGAACCUGGUUUGUGUCUUGA